AUCUCCGAGCGCCGGGCUGCGGGGACGUCCCCCACGGAGCGCGCCAGGCCCCGGCGCUGCAGUACUGCCCGAGUCCGGGCGGGGUCUCUGUUCCCUGGCGGAGCAGCUCGCGCGGCCGCGGGAAGCUCCCUCUCUUUCUCCGCCGCCGCCGCCGCGCGUCUGCGCCCUGCCGCCCGCGCCGCGCUCUCAGCUCCCUGCUCCCCGCCGCGCGCCCGGCCCCGCGCCCACUCGCCGCGCGCCCGGUCCUCCGUGCCCUGCUCCCCGGCUCCCUGCGCCCCCGGCUCGCCCCGCCAUGGCGGACAGCGCGAGCGAGAGUGAUACCGACGCGGCGGGCGGCGGCCCGGCAGCCAUGCAGUCGUCCUGCUCGGCGACCUCGGGCGGCAGCGGCGGGGGCGGCGGCGGGAAGUCGGGGGGCAUUGUCAUCUCGCCGUUCCGCCUGGAGGAGCUCACCAACCGCCUGGCCUCGCUGCAGCAGGAGAACAAGGUGCUGAAGAUCGAGCUGGAGACCUACAAACUCAAGUGCAAGGCGCUGCAGGAGGAGAACCGCGACCUGCGCAAAGCCAGCGUGACCAUCCAAGCCAGGGCUGAGCAGGAAGAGGAAUUCAUCAGUAACACUUUAUUCAAGAAAAUCCAGGCCUUGCAGAAGGAGAAAGAAACCCUCGCCGUGAAUUAUGAGAAAGAAGAGGAAUUUCUUACCAAUGAGCUCUCUCGGAAACUGAUGCAGCUGCAGCAUGAGAAAGCCGAGCUGGAGCAGCAUCUUGAGCAGGAACAGGAGUUUCAGGUCAACAAGCUGAUGAAGAAGAUUAAAAAGCUGGAGAACGACACCAUCUCCAAGCAACUCACCCUAGAACAGUUGAGACGGGAGAAGAUUGACCUGGAAAACACAUUGGAGCAAGAACAAGAGGCGCUGGUGAAUCGGCUGUGGAAGAGGAUGGACAAGCUGGAAGCUGAAAAGAGAAUCCUACAGGAGAAACUAGACCAGCCUGUGUCUGCCCCACCAUCGCCCAGAGACAUCUCCAUGGAGAUCGACUCUCCCGAGAACAUGAUGAGGCAUAUCAGGUUCUUAAAGAACGAAGUAGAGCGGCUCAAGAAACAGCUGCGAGCUGCCCAGUUACAGCAUUCAGAGAAGAUGGCCCAGUACUUGGAGGAGGAGCGGCAUAUGAGGGAAGAGAACCUAAGGCUGCAGCGGAAGCUCCAGAGGGAGAUGGAGAGGAGGGAAGCCCUAUGUCGCCAGCUCUCCGAGAGCGAGUCCAGCUUGGAAAUGGAUGACGAAAGGUAUUUUAAUGAGAUGUCUGCACAAGGACUAAGACCUCGCACUGUGUCCAGCCCAAUCCCUUACACGCCUUCUCCCAGUUCAAGCAGGCCUAUAUCACCCGGUCUUUCGUAUGCAAGUCAUACAGUUGGUUUCACGCCACCAACUUCAUUGACUCGAGCUGGAAUGUCUUACUACAACUCUCCAGGUCUCCAUGCUCAGCACAUGGGGGCGUCCCAUGGCAUCACAAGGCCGUCACCACGGAGAAGCAGCAGUCCUGAUAAGUUCAAAAGGCCCACGCCGCCUCCAUCACCCAACACACAGAGCCCAGUGCAGCCACCUCCACCACCUCCUCCGCCCCCCAUGCAGCCCGCGGUCCCUUCUGCAGCCACCUCCUCGCAGCCCACCCCAUCAUCGCAGCAGCAUUCGGUGCACCCCUCCUCCCAGCCUUAAUGCAUGAGCUUAGUCAGAAUUUCAAGUUGGGACUUGUCUGAUGGAGCCGCCUUCUCAACGCCAAAGGCUUCUUUCCUGGCAUAUUUGGAUCUGAUGUGUUUGCACUGAGGUUGUCUAGCUUCUCUCCUCAUAGUGUUGUGAAUGUCUGUCAGAAACGCAGCCUGUGUUGUGGGUCUGCAACACUAACCAGACGACUUUUUCCAUCGGUGUUUUACUUGAAUCUCUGUGUCCAUCAUUCCCUGGCUGGAACAUUGCUAUUUGGUAUUUGGUAAUAAGAAGCAGUGUGCAAAAUCCCCUCCCCAAUCCCUGGCCCCAGGGCUUUUCUUGGUUUUUAAGGUUUGUAAAGUAGGAAGGGAAUUUUUUUUUUUUCUUUUAUAGUUUUCCUCUGAAAUUGCAGGAAAUUACUGAGCUGUUAGUAAACCUCCUCCUCCAGGUUCACAGUGGGGAGUUUACUAAACAUACCAAGAGUUGAGCACUACAGUUCAGACCUUUGCAAACCUAACUCUGAGUCUAGGAUUGGAAGUUAGAUAAACCGGUGCCCACAACAUGUCUAGUCUAGAGCUUUCUACAGACACACUUGUUACAGGUUGUUUUUUAUGUAAAUUAACUGCCUGCCCUGUCUCUUGUAAAGCAGCCUACAGAAACAAGUCACACAGCUGUAGCUUCUCUCCAUGCAAUUCGUGGGACAGGAAUUUCUUCCUAUUGAGAUUCGAUUCUUUUCCUUUCUUCUUAAAGUUAAUCCACCUAAGCCAGCCAGCCCCCCUCUGCUGUGAGUGGAUAAAUGCCUUCCCACAUGUGAUCUUGAUGCUGACUCGAAUGUGGUCUUGGAUCUCUACUGCAGGGACCAUGAGAUUGUAACAGAGCCAUUUCAGUUAUCCCUUCCGUUCUUUUGUGUGGUCCUGAGACAGAGGGUGAACAAGUAUUUUCUAGGUGCGAAAUGCUAUUAGGAAAUACUGUUUGAAGUGUAGGCAGCAUUUUGGCACAGUGGCUGAGGAGCACUUGGCAGAAAGGAAGUAUAGCCAGCAAAGGAGCUCACUGGCCUUGACAGCUGCCCACUUUGCCCAUCAUAAGUAAGCCAGGAGAGUACCAAGAAGGUUCUGAAUGUGAUUGUCAUUCACUCAGCACAAUUAAAUCCUUGGGUUUUGCUUCAGGUGGAACACCGAGUGGCCCUGUGACCACCUUCAUUUCUGUUUGUCACAGUUACUUUGUGCUUUCGUAGUCAAGUGCUUUACCCUGCCUGUGUUUGCAUAUUUAUAUAUGCCGUGGAUGAAAAUAACUUCCUAGAGAAUGUAUAUUUUACCAUGAGAAGUGUGAAUCUGUUAGAUAUAAUCAGAGAACUGAAAAUUAAUUUAUCAGUCAUUUUUAAGAGUUCAUGUUUGUGUCAGCCAUCUCUUAAUAGCAACUCCUCAUGGAACACACUCCCGAGAACGAGGAAUAAAUAUCCUGGUGACAUUGUAGAUAUUUAAUAUUGUACAGUCUAGAAACCUCCAUUUUUGCCUUCGAAUGCAUAUUUAAGAGUUAACAGAAUGAAAAAGUGUUAUUGGAUAAUAGUGUUUGACGGCAUCUUAAGAACUUGAGAAUAAGAACAACCUUAGGACCCUUCACCUCUUUUCCUCAACCCCUAAACUGGGAAUGUUAUCCUCUGACGACCAGGAAGAAAAUGUCGGUCUGUGAAAGUUUUAUUUUUAAGGUGUGUGUGAUGUACAGGCCACAGUGCCGUUAUCAGACACGGGGUGGAGUCUGGCUUUUCCUGUCAAGGCUUUACGUUUUCCAUGUCAGACUAAACCCGGGCAUUUCUCCAACUGACCCUCUCGGUACAUGACCAUUCCAAGGAAAUUCUGAGGCUAGGGCAGAAGAAUUCUUCCUUUACGGUACAAUCUUGAUAUUUUUUUUUCUUUUUUUACCCCCCCCCCCCCCGUGUGAGAGAAAUAUGGUAUGUGUUUACAAAACAUUUCUGGGAUUGUAGAUUUCAGUACUGUUGGCUAGCAGUAUAUACUCCAGCACACAAGUCCAUUCUGUAAUGUCCCCCUCCGCUGCCCAUCAGUUCAGUUACCUCCUAGAAGCACAAGAGUGAAGGCCCUGCCGUACGUACGUGUGGCGAGCAGAGCCUCUUAGAGAUAGGUUCUUGACGUCCGUUGGUUUGUUCGUUCAGACUUGUCCCGGAAAAUGUCCUGCAGAUUCCUCUAGACACAUCACAUCUCCUCAAAAUAAGCCAACUCCUCUAACAGCACUUUUUAGCAUAAUCCGGUUGCUUCUCCCUGCAGGCGGUAAAACCUAGAGAACAAACACUACAUCUGAACUUAGAAUAGUUUGUGUCACUUUUGAAGCAGGUAGUGAUAAGUAAGAGAAACAGCUGCUGAGCCCCCAGAGACAGGAGCCUCCUUAGUAGUGUGGGUUGGGGCUGGACAUGGCUCCUUGGGGUUUAGCUCCCCACUCUCACAGGCUAACUCUGGACUAAAAUCAGUAGCCAUCAUCGGCAGGUGAGGGCAACAAUACCUUCAGUGGCUUCAUUUCCUGUCUUGUUGACAGAGACCCUAGGGUACCACUGUGCUGCUAAUAUGGUGAGGGUCGAUUCCCAGAUGACCUUGCCUUUGAUCAGAGCCCAGUCCACACACGCACCCAGCACCCUGCACCUCUGGGCUCUGAACUGCUUUCUCGGGUUAAGCAUGCUGGCAUUCUAGACAAAAGUGUAGACCUUUGGCUGAUGUGGAAGUGGUUGAGAUUUUAUUUAUAUGUCUUUGUUGAUUGGAGGAGGGAGUUUUAAAUUCUGAGCUCCUGAGACACAGACAAGUGACCAUGGAAUGAAUGUGUGACCAGAAUGUGGCUUUGACACCUCAUGCUGCUGUGCCUUUGUCAAUGGCUUCUGAUUCGACCAGAUAUAAUCGAUAAUGUGAAUUUUUGUUGAUCCUUCAGUUGCAGGAAGAGAGUAUGUAUCCCCCGUUGUUAGGUAGACAUGAACUUGUCCUGUACAGAGCUCCGCUUUUGAAAAUCGCCCCCUAAGACAGGAAAAAGCAUGGCAGUCCAUGCUUCAGAAAGUUUAUUUUUUAAAAGUGCAGGAGAAAGAAAGUCUUCUGUGUAACUUGAUCUUCUGUCUAGUACUUGUCCGAUAGGGUAACCAAUGCUGAGAGCUUGUAGUGAUGACUACCAAAGAUGUUCGUAGAAAAACUUCUAUUUCCAAAUUAUUAAAGAGCCAGCCAUUGACGCUGCUCCUUUGUUCCUUCUCGGGAGCCGUUGUGAGAGACUAAAAGAUUCUUAGGAAUUUUUUGUUAAGUUUUAAUUUCUUUUUUUUUUUUUUUUUUUUUUUAAAUUUGAUAAAAAUGUGUUAGCCUACCGUUUUGGGGAUCAUUUCCCAGAAUGCUCAGCAGUUGUGAUUACUGGCCACACCCAGGUCGCCUGCCUCUCCUUGAGUGAUCAAUGGGAUCCUCUGUGCGUGGUAGCAUGGGUGCUGUGUGUGUACACGUGUGCGUGUGUGCAUUCAUGCCUUAACUUGGGUUACCGCUCAACUUCCGCUGUUUGACUCAGUCCUCGCCAUCAUCAGAUUGUAUUGUGCAUCUUGAUCUGAACUUCAUCCUGACAAGACAACGAAAACAAGGUUGCAGGCACCACAGGUCGGAAUGCACUCCUUCGGAAGACUGUCCAGUCAGGUGCACCCUGAGUUGUCUCGUGGACUUUAUUUGGAAAGAAAGCAGACUGUCAGAUGGGAAGAUGUCGACAAGGAAGAGAGGAGAGCCAAAUGCUAGCAUGCCCUCUGCCUCUGCAUACCCGUGUGCUCUGUGUGUUGUUCUGAUAGCCUGUCUACAGCUUUGACUAGCUUGGAGUUCAGGUAAUGGUGGCAGCCCUGACAUUCUCUGUUGGAGUUUAGAGAGAUGUAAGACGUCCAGUUAAUGUCUUAUUUCCUUUAUGUUGAUCAGUCUUUAAUACAUGUGCUGAAUCAGAAAACCUAAAUAAAGAUAAUUUUUUAAAAUGUA